AUGACUUUGCCUUAUUUAACAGAUGAUUGUAUUUAUUACAUUUUACAACACCUUCAAAAUGAUUGUUCAACUUUAUUUAAAUGUUUAUUGGUUAAUCGAUUUUGGUGCAGAUCAACUAUUCCUUUGCUUUAUGCAAAUCCUUUUGCAAAUAUAACUGAAAAAAAAUAUUCAAUAACCUUGACCUUAAUUUUUUGUUUUAAUAAAGCAGAAAUUUUACAAUUGAAGAAUCAACUGGGAUUUAGCCAGAUUAAUAAUAUUAAUAUUGAUAAAGAACACAACCCUUUAUUCGAAUAUCCAAAAUAUUUGGAAAAUUAUGAUAGUAAUUUAAUAAUUAUUGUUAUUUAUAGAUGGUUUGCUAAAUAUUAUUUUUGGAUAUUAGGUCAUCAAAAAAUAUAUCAUGAUAUUAUUCCGAUAUUUCAUCAAUCAAUUUUACGUCAAAGUAGAAAUAUUAAACGAUUAGAUAUUUUGUUAUAUUUAUUAUAUAAAGAAAGUUUUAAAAAUUUUAAUUUUCAAAAUUUCACUUCAAAUUUAACAAAAUUAAAUUCAUUAUCAUUAAAUUUUUAUUUAAAAGGUACUGUUAAUAAAGAAAUUGAACAAGAAUUUUUAAGGAAUAUAGCAAAUAUCUGUACAAAUUCUAGAAAAUUAAUAAUUAAGCUUCCUCAGAUUCGAAGACCGCCAUUUCAACAUCAUGACACUUCCAAUAAUUUGAUCAAUACUACUACUACUUUAGAAAAGCUUUGUACAAUUAUUCAAGUGCAAAACAAACUUAAAAUGUUUAAGAUAUGGAGAUGUAAUUCUUUAUUAAAUAACAUUCUUUUGUCUUUAGAAUUUCAAAAGCAUUCUUUAGUUCGUGUUGAAUUUACAUUAUGUGACUUUAGUAACGUUAGUUUAAAAAGAUUUAAUGAUUUAUAUAAUUUAAAAUAUUUAAAAUUUAUAUUUUGUAAAGGUAUAUUAUUAUAUCAAUGUGAGGGAUUAAAUUUUUCUUCAUUUAAACUCAAGGAACUAUCAUUUAUACGCGAUUAUUGGAAUGUUAAUGUCACAUCUUUAAUGAUCAAAUAUCUAGGUGUAUCAUUACAAAGUUUAUUCGUUGAAAACCCGAUAAUUUCUCUUAUUGAAAAUAUAUCAACGUAUUGUCCAAAUCUUAUUUUUUUAAAAAUAAGAAUUUAUUUACAUGUCGAUUUAUCAGUGAUACAACUUUUUAAAAAUUUAAGAACAAGAUUAUUAAGUAUUACUAUUUCUUAUAAUGUUGAUAAAUUUUUUAUAAAUUUAGCAAAUAAUAUACCUAUUAAUAUUAGAGAAAUUUCUAUUUAUAUUUAUUCUCGUAUUCCCAAUAAGUUUUUAAAAUUUAAGGAAUUUUUAGAGAAUUGUCAUAAUAGUUUUGAAAUGAUUAAUUUAAAUCAGAUUAUUGGAUUAGAAUUACUUAAAAUUGUUUUAAAUUAUAUUGAAAGAAGUAACAAUAGUUUAAAAGUUCUUGGUAUGAAAUUGGAUAAAAAAUUGAAUGAUGAAGAAUUAAAAUUGUUGAAUCGAAUUAAAGCUAAAGAAGUUAAAAUAGUGGAAUUUAGUGAAUCAAAUUAUUAUAGGAGUUAA